CUCAGGGGUUCCUUGGAGUAGCAUUAAAGACUAGUGCAAUAUUUCCCCCAUCUUCUUCUCCACUGCUACAUUGCCCAUAUUUCUCCCACCAUCCACAAACUAACCUCCUCCUCCUUCAUUUCAAUUUUAUACCCCAAAAAGCUGUGCACAGUUUUCUCUCAGGAAAAAAGAGAAAAAUGGGGCAUCUUCUCCACGUGAUUUUCAUCAUCAUUGUUUUCUUCCUCAUCUCUUUCCACACCCUCGUCUCAAUCGAUUACACCAAUCAUGGCGUCAACAAGAGCUAUGUUAAUCAAGACUCUAAAAGGCUCCUUUUGCUUGAGAAAUUCAGAGUCUUGCUUGGCCUCAAGCCCAGAAGAAGCGGUGACUUGUCUCAUUUCUCUGCCUCUCCCGCGCCGGCUCCAGGCCCCGGCAUUGCGCCUGGAGGCGCGCCAGCUCCUUCUCCGGUGGCGCAGAGGCGCGCGCACGUGCCUCUGCGCCACCGCCACCCGCUCCCGCAGGCACACAAGGUGCAGAAGGAGGAGCGGGGGAGAGGGAAGAGAGUGAUGACUGCGGUGCUUGCAUCAGUCGGCGUUACCUCGGCACUUUGCGCGGCGGCGAUGUUUUUCGGCUGCCGGAAAUUCAAGAAACGGCGGAGGAAACAGAGGAGGAGAGGCUUGUCCAAGUUUGUGAGCUCGGUGAAGAAGGUAACAUCUGAUCCGGGCCAAGGCCCUGAUCUUUUCUACCUCAAUUCGCUGGAAUCUGCUUUGGAACCAGAGAAAUGCUGUCUGAAACUGAGCUCCACCACCGAAAAAAUCUGCUCAGGUGAUAAUUCAAUUGAUGGGAGAGAAAUGAACGUCACAGAUUCGGAGAUGGAGAGUGGGAGGUUUUCGUCAUGUGGAGAGAUUACUACUGUGCAUGAGAUUUCAGAGUGUGUGAAUAACGACUCUAGUUCUUCCUUGGGCGAGGGAAUUAUUCACAAAUUUGAUGAUAAAAUUGAGGCAAAUUCAGAUGAUGAUAAUGAAUCUUUCCAUUCGUUUAGUGAUUCACAAACGAGGCUUUCCAAUGCCUCGGCUUCUAGCGUAGGCGAAGCUUCUGAAAAUAUGCCACACGAAGAGAUAAAGCAAACACAUUCUUCUACUUGUACAGCUGCUGCCUCAAAGAUUCCACCACCACCACCUCCACCUCCUCCGCCGACUCAGGAAUCCAAGUCUUUUAGCUCAUCCACAUUGCUAAGCAGGUUACUGGUGCCAUCCUCUGCUCCUCCUCCUCCUCCACCACCGCCAUGUCCACCUCCACUUUCUAACGGCAAUGGUAAAGCAGCGCCCCCACCACCGCCUUCUUCACUAGGCACGCAACAAGUGCCUUUGGGAAAAGACGGGUGUCCGCUGCCAAAGCUGAAGCCACUCCACUGGGACAAAGUGAGGGCCGCCCCAAAUCGCUCCACGGUUUGGGAUAAGCUCCGGUCGAGUUCAUUCGAAUUUGAUGAGGAAAUGAUGGAAUCACUCUUCGGUUACAACCUCCAAAAUUCGAUGAAGAUCGAGGAAGCGAAGAGCAAAACUCCAUCUCCAAGCAAGCACGUGCUGGAGCCCAAGAGACUGCACAACAUCACCAUACUCUCCAAGGCCUUGAACGUCACCGCAGAGCAAGUCUGCGGCGCUUUAAUCCGAGGGGAAGGCUUGUCCCUGCAAGACUUGGAAGCACUCUCAAAGAUGGUGCCGACAAAGGAAGAGGAGGCGAAGCUCGCAAACUACAAAGGCGACAUACUCGAAUUGGGGUCCGCGGAGAAGCUGGUCAAGGCAAUGAUCCAGAUACCCUUCGCGUUCGCAAGAAUCGAAGCAAUGCUCUACAGGGAAACCUUCGAGGACGAAGUUCUCCAUCUCAAGAAAUCAUUCUCAAUCCUCGAGGAAGCGUGCAAGGAGCUGAGGUCUAGCCGCCUCUUCCUGAAGCUCCUUGAAGCAGUGCUGAAGACCGGGAACAGGAUGAACAUCGGGACGAUAAGGGGAGGCGCAAAGGCGUUCAAGCUGGACGCGCUCCUGAAGCUCUCGGAUGUGAAGGGGACGGAUGGGAAGACGAGCCUCCUCCAUUUCGUGGUCCAGGAGAUCAUCCGGUCAGAGGGGAUACGCGUGUCGGACAGCAUCAUGGGCAAGAUCCAGCAGAGGGGCAAGAACGAGGACAAGGAGGAGAGCUACAGGAGGAUGGGGCUGGACCUUGUGUCCGGCCUGACCACCGAGCUUUGCAACGCGAAGAAAACGGCCACCAUCGAUCUGGACGUGCUUGCAAGCUCGGUGGCGAAUCUGACGGAGGGCAUGCGACGGAUGCAGGGGCUGGUGAGGAAGGAGAUGAAGGGGGGGUUUGUGAGCUCGAUGAGGGAGUUCCUUGAAGAGGGGGAGAGGAAGCUGAGGGAGCUGCAGGGGGAUGAGGACAGAGUGCUGCUGCAUGUCAGGGAGAUUACGGAGUAUUUUCAUGGAGAUGUGAGCAAGGAUGAGUCCAAUCCGCUCAGGAUUUUCGUGAUCGUUAGGGAUUUCUUGAGCAUGCUGGAUCAUGUGUGCAAGGAGCUGAGGAGCUUAAAGGCGCCGCCGUGCAGUCCCAAUCCCUUCCGAUAGGCUAGGAUUUUGUGGUGUUGUUUGGUUUGUUUAUAGCUUUGGUGUUGAUUUGUUGGAUCCAAUAUUUGAAUCACAUAUAACUCUUUAAUCACAAGUAAAGAUUUUUUUGUUUC